AAUCUCCAUUCCCCACACAACACAGCAAAGCACAGCCUCACUUUAUCUCCAUAUGGUCACAUGUACAUGUACCAAACUUAGUCAAAGUCACCUCCUUUAUAUAUAACCCAAACUCUCUUCACAUCUUUUGAUCUCUUCUCUCUUCUCUUACACCAUCUUCUUCUUCAUUCACCAUGGGAAGAUCUCCUUGUUGUGAAAAAGCUCACACAAACAAAGGAGCUUGGACUAAAGAAGAAGAUCAACGUCUCGUCGAUUAUAUUCGUAAUCACGGUGAAGGUUGUUGGCGUUCUCUUCCUAAAUCCGCUGGAUUGUUACGUUGUGGUAAAAGUUGUAGAUUGAGAUGGAUUAAUUACCUUCGUCCUGAUCUUAAACGUGGUAAUUUUACUGAUGAAGAAGAUCAAAUCAUCAUCAAACUCCAUAGCUUACUCGGCAACAAAUGGUCAUUGAUUGCUGGAAGAUUACCAGGAAGAACAGAUAAUGAAAUCAAGAAUUAUUGGAACACUCAUAUUAAAAGGAAGCUUCUAAGUCAUGGGAUUGAUCCACAAACUCAUCGUCCGAUUAACGAUUCCAAAACGGUGCCGUUUCAGACUGUUGUUCCUAGUCAAAACGACGCCGUUGAGUAUUCUUUUUCCAAUUUAGCCGUUAAACUGAAGACGGAAAAUUCCUCCGAUAAUGGAGCUUCGACUAGUGGUACGACGACGGAUGAGGAUCUCCGGCAGAAUGGGGAGUGUUAUAAUAGUGAUAAUUCAAGAAAAAUAGAGCUGAAUUUGGAUUUAACUCUCGGGUUUGGAUCCGGGUCAGUUCGGGUAGUUGGAGCCGGGUCAUCGGCUGAUUCGAAGCCGUGGCGGGAUCAGCUGAUGACGGCGCGUUUGUCACAGUUGUAAUAAUUUGUUGAAAUUCCCAAAAAUGGGGUUUUUAGAUUUUUUUUUUUGUGAGUCCUUUUGGGUAACUAUAGAAAUUAUUACUUCAGUUUCUUUGCUA